AUGAAAAAAAUAAAUAUUCCAACUGAACCAGUCGGAUCCAUUCCACGUCCACAUGAAUUGAUUCUUGCUCAACGAAAUUAUCAUCAAGGUCGACUUGUUUUGGAUCGAUUACAUGAUUAUUACAUACGAGCUAUCCAAAUGACAAUCCAAGGACUCGAAGAAACGGGUUCGCCUGUGAUCACUGAUGGUGAACAAACGAAACCGUCAUUUCUCACAUAUCCCAUAUUUGUCCUAUUUAAUGAUUAUUAUACAUUCUCGACAGAUUGUUUUUCAUUGAAAUUCACUGAUGGUCAUCAGAGAUUAUUGCCACGUUUGAUCAAAGCACCUUUUCGCUAUGCUGUUUAUGCUCAUACAUAUAUCGAUAAUGCCAAACAAAUCACACAAUUACCAAUCAAACAAGCGGUGAUCACGGCAUCGGCGUUAUCGAUGGUCUAUCCGAAAGCAACGAUUCGAGGCUAUUCACAUGAGCAAUUCUUGGAUGAUUUAACAAAUGAAUGUGAAAAAGAUAUUCGGUUGUGUUUGGAAAGUGGUGCACAUUGUGUACAACUUGAUUUUACCGAAGCUCGUUUUGCAUUAAAAGUGGAUCCAAGCGGACAAUUAUUACGCGAUUUUGUUCAAUUGAACAAUCAAGUUCUCGAUCGUUUUGCUUUUCGAGAACAACAUCGACUUGGUGUUCAUAUUUGUUCUGGUGACGAUGGGGAUUGUUGUUCAUCGUAUGAAAUCAAUUACCUCGAUAUACUUCCUUCGUUAUUUCAAUUACAUGUAGUAAAUUUCUAUUUACGAAUAGCAAGUGAACCGAAUCGUCAACGAGUGUUUGAGUGUAUUCGUGAUCAUAUGCAACCAUGGCAUCGCAUAUUUAUCGGUGUGAUCAAUCCAGUUGAUCCUCGGGUAGAGACUGGUGAGGAAGUGUGUGAACGUAUCAUGGAAGCAUUGCAAUACAUUCCAGUUGAGCAGUUGGGCACAACUGAUGAUUGUGGUUUCUCUCCAUUCGAUGAUGAUCAAUCUAUUUCAAGACAGAUCGCUUUUGAUAAAAUUCGAGCACGAAUAGAUGGAACUCGACUAGCAGAAGAACGAUUGAUGUUACAAGGACGAAAAUUCACUCAAUAA